AUGACCGUCCCCAACAUUGGGGACAUCUUGGUGCUGUCGCAGAAGGCUUGGAAGAUCGGACGCACUUUUUCUGCUUGUCAAAAGAAUGCACCAAUGGAGCUUCAAUAUAUUGAGACGGAAAUCGGCAGCCUCGCAAAAUCACUGACAUCGUUGGCAGAGACGCUGCACGCGGAGUCCGUGCGGCAGUUGUUACAGGACGCUGACCAGGAAAUAAAAGACGGCGUUGGCACCAUCCUAAGGUCUUGUCAACUGACAGUAGAUGAUCUUGACUCGCUGAUCGACCAAUACCAAGUCAUCAAGAAGCACCGCACAGUUGGAGGGUUCGCAAUCGAGCGCUCGUGGAGCGAUCUGGUAUUAGCCUCAUACAGGACGAUGAUCUGGACUCCCGAUGGUGGAAACCUCGCAGAUCUGAAAGAGAUCAAGUCUAUGGCUCGUAUGGACAGCACCGUCAUACCAAUGGCAGAGCGAAUCGAUAACAUGAACCACUUGGCUGGAAGCAUCGAUCAGCAGCUUGACGAAGUACAUCUUUUUGACAUCGACCAAGAAAACAUCACCUCUACCAAGGACACCGGAAAUAGUCGCGGUUCGCUCGUCGAAUACUCGCACCGGAUAAACCAGGACGACCCCAGAGACGUCGAAAUGGUCCAGGCUUCUGAAGAGUGCAGAAUUGCCGUAGUACGGAAACGCGUAACCGACCCUGAGACGAAGGCAGUGCGCGUCGUGACAUCCGUAUGGGCGUUUAGCGACGACAACACCACCCGCGUGGAGCUACGUAUGGAAGACGACCAGAUGUACAUACCGUACUCCAGCUACUUCAACCCAGCCAAAGCCUCCAUCACAGUUCUCUGCGAGCUCAUAUUUCACGACGUCAAGCACGGCAAUCGGCCAGUGCGUGUAGAAAAGACUAGCUGGGUCAACUACGUCUUCGACUCACCACAAGCGGCUGCACUCUUCCAAAACGAACUAAUGGGCCGCACUCUGCUCGCGACAUUUCGCACAGAAAAGACAAUGCGCAUCCACGAAGGCCUCUCCAAGUCCUUCUCCUACGCCGAGCAAAUGUGCGGCCUGGAAAACCUCCGCGUCUGGGAAGACAACGACACAAGCGCCAUCAUCGCUCUGAUCCAUUUCUCCGCCGACUUCCGAAACGGCUACCUAGCCUUCUACCUAAACUCCUCCGUCAACCCCAUCAAAGUGAAAGACGGCGGGGACAGAGAGGUCAAGAUCAAAGGGCUGAGAGUGCCGAUUGAUCGGGGCGAUCGCGCGAUGAGGAAGGAUAGUUUUGCGGAAGCUGCCACUGCUUCUGUUGCAGGAAAAGGUAAAGAGAAAGUGGGGGUUGGGAAGAGUGUGGACAAGGGGAAGGUCAUCAGCGGGGCGAAGAUUGAGUUUGCGACGGAGAUGGAGAAGAGUGAGUUUUUGGAGAUGUGUAGCGAGAUGCAGAGGGAGUUGAUUGAGUUGCCGGAUUUGUUGGGGGUUAAUUGA